AUCAAGUACAACACGACGUGCUAUGUAUUAACCUUCUUGCCAAUCGCUUCUUUUCCCUUCUCUACUACCACCGCAAGUUUUUGCCUUUUGUGCACCUCCCUGUGCCGGCUCAUGUUGUCGUUUUCUAAAAAAUAAAAAAUGUUAAAUGGGAAGUGGGUCUCGGUUUUUACAAGUUCAGCUGCGCUAGAAGUGGAAAGAAAAAAAGAACAAGCUUGUCUAAGAGGAGAUUAAGGCAUACUGGGCCAUAUCUCCUCGCUGCAAUGUCGAUGCCUCAAGAAGCAUCUAAUUACGAUGAGGUUUCCAUGCAGCAGAGCUUGUUAUUCUCUGAUAGUCUCAAGGAUUUGAAAAAUCUGAGAACACAACUCUACUCAGCAGCCGAGUAUUUUGAGCUGUCCUACGCCAACGAUGAUCAAAAGCAAAUAGUGAUAGAAACAUUAAAGGAUUAUGCUGUAAAAGCUAUUGUGAACACCGUAGAUCAUUUGGGUUCUGUGACAUACAAGGUUAACGAAUUUUUGGAUGAAAAGGUUGAUGACGUUUCUGGAACCGAGCUUCAGGUUUCUUGUGUUGAAGAGAAAGUACGCAAAUGUCAAGAGUAUAUUGAUCUUAAAGGAAUUUCCCAACAGUCGUUGAUGAUUAAUACACCAAUGUACCAUAAACGGUACAUCUUGCCAGUCGGGGAGACCAUGCAUGGUGCAAACCGGAGCAAGUCAAAAUAUCUAGGAUGCAGACUGGAAGCUGAAGAUGACUGCCAUCAGUUUAGAAAUGCCGUUCGAGCUACAAUUAGGGAAACCCAACUGCCACCAUCUUCUGUCAGAGAAACUGCGGCAUCCUCAAUCAGAAAAGGACGUUCCCCAUCACCUUCUUCGCGAUCUCAACAGCGAUCCACAACGUUUUCCUUUACUGCUAAAAUGCCAAAGAAAGAACUAGAGAAGCAAACAUUAUCACCUCUUCGAUUUCCACGUUUUAGUUCUGGGUGUGAUACCAGGCCAACAACCCCAAAUAAGAGUCGGCCUAGUACUCCAAAUUCAGCCGGUGCAAGGCGGCAGUAUCCAUCAGAGCCUCGGAGAUCAGCUGCAAUCCAUAUUCAGUCGGAGAAAGACAAGCCCGAAGCCGUUGAACAAUGUCCAAGUAAAAGUAAAAGACUCCUUAAAGCAUUGCUUAGUCGUCGCAAAUCAAAGAAAGAUGAGAUGCUGUAUACUUAUUUGGAUGAAUAUUGAGAGAACAAAAUAAAAACUAGGAUGAUAGAUGGCCGACAAAAUGGCCAGUGAUAGAGGCAAUGCAAAAUAAAUAUGAUAAUUGUCAAAUUGAGUAUUUGUCUCACACGAACAACAUAUUUUAUGCUUAUAUCUCAAUAUAUAUAUAUUAUAUUAUACAGAA